AUGACUGCGAACGCGAACGCCUCAGCGCCUGCCUCGUCCUCGGGCGGGGGCUCCCCGACGCCCGAGCUCGCCAGCAUCAAGGUCUUCUGCCGCCUGCGCCAGCAGAACCAGCUCGAGAAGCGCGAGAUGGCCGUGCAGUGUACGACCGUGGUGGGGGGACGGACCAUGUUCCUGCGCAACGAGCGCUGCGAGGUGGACGAGAUCCGCUGCACGUUCGACCGCGUCUUCGACAUCAACUCGACGCAGGAGGAGGUCUACGCCCACACGGCUAAACCGCUCCUCCACGAGUUCCUGCAGGGCUACAACUGCACCAUCUUCGCCUACGGACAAACGGGCUCCGGCAAGACGCACACGAUCUUGGGGCCCAAGGACGGCGUGCUCGUGAGCGCCGACGAGGAGGGCGGCAUCAUCUCGCGCGUGGCCAAGGACCUGUACGAGGAGGUGGAGCGAGCCAAGACGGACCCCAUCGAGCUCAACGUGUCGUUCGUGGAGAUCUACAUGGAGCAGAUCCGCGACCUGCUCAGCCCCAGCAGCAGCAGUGGCAACAUCGGGGCGCCGACGAACGGAGGACUCAAGAUCCGCGAGAGCGCGCAGCACGGCGUGUACGUGGAGGAGAUGACGCGCAUCCCGAGCAAGUCCGAAGCCGCCAUGAUGGAGCUGGUCAAGAGCGGCACGCUCAGUCGCGCCGUAUCCUCCACGCGCAUGAACAAGGACUCGAGUCGCAGUCACACGAUCCUCAUGAUCUCCUGCGUUCGGCCCGUGAGCGGACGACGCGCCACGAUGUACAUCGUUGAUCUUGCAGGCUCGGAGCUCGUGAACAAGACGAACGCCAGCGGUCGAGUGCUGCAGGAAGCCAAAGCCAUCAACAAGUCGCUCUCGGCUCUCAGCAACGUCAUCAAGGCUCUUGGAGAAGGCAAGCGUCAUGUGCCCUAUCGCGACUCGAAGCUCACGCGUCUGCUGCAAGACUCGCUUGGAGGCACUGCCAAGACGUGCCUCAUCCUGGCGGCCUCGUGCAGCUCGUACAACAUGGCCGAGACCAUCUCCACGCUCCGCUUUGGACUGCGCGCCAAGGAGAUCAAGAACCCCGUUAUUCAGCGGACCGAUGGCGGAGAGGGUGGCGCUGGCUUCGCCACGGGCAUCAUCUUCAAGGAGCUCUACCAGCGAGCGAUGGAGGAUAUGGAGGCCAAGAACCGCAAGAUCGACGAGCUCCAGAGACUGUUAGCUGCAAAGUACCAGGAGAAUCAGCACCCCGACGAAGCGGAGCUAGCUGCGAACAGCCUCGCGACGGCAGCUGUGCAAGACGCUGGCAAGCCCCAGGACACGGACGCCUCGGACGGUGACCACUCCAGCCAAGAAGGCGACAACGAAGAGGAGGACGGUGAGAGUGCCGACGACGAUGAAGAGGGUGAUGACGAAGACAACGACCCGGCACAGACGGACGCCAAGAACAUUACCAAGCUCGAGCUCGCGAACCAAGCGCUCCAGGAAGAAAACAAGCGGCUGUUUGGCGUGCUGGAAACACUCGAGAAGAAGCUCGACGAGGUGACGGUGGAUCUGUCCACGGGCAGGCCGAUACUAACUCUUUCAAGCGAGCGCCAAGGCGCCAGCGAAGAGGAUAGCGCGGAAAUGCGAGAAGCUGCGGCGGCGCCUUCGCUCAAGGUUUGGUUGGAGAGUGAUAACUGGCGGAAAUCCCUCGAGUCCCGAUCCGAGCGCCAAGAAGCGGCAAGUCCUGCUAAGCAACAGCGGUCACAGACGUCAGAAGUCAAGGAAUCGCCUGGUGUGACGGAUAUAUUACCUCAGGCACCUCUAGAGACCCUGAAAGCCCCGCCAGCCUUGAAUGAAAUGACCGGAGCCGUGUUACCGUCGCUGCAGGGGGCAAUGCCACCUUGCUCCAAGCCCGACUGCGUGCAUCAUGCUGACGCCGAAGCACUCUCUCGGCAGAUUGUGGAGUUGAAGCUUCAGCUGCAUUAUCUGACGGAGAACGCGCGACUGUCGCUCAGCGGAGAGAGCUACAACAUCAUGAUCGAGAACGCCCGGCUGAAGACGAGGAUCGAGGAGCUCGAGUUCCAGGCGAACCUGUGCAACGUCGCGUGUAGCCAGCUCGAGAUGAAGAACCGCGCGUGCGAGACGCGACUGAGCAACCAGGAGACGCACAUCGGCUGUCUGCAGAACUCGCUGCAGGAGUACCAAGGUCUUUUCAAGCAGCAGAUCAUUAUGUCGCAGGAGAAGUGCCGCCUGCUCACGGACGAGCUCGAAUUCUACAAGAAGCUGGCCAGGUGCAGCCAGGAGAGUUACCAGCAUCUCGGCGGUGGCGGUAACUCUCCCGGUCGCCGCAACAAAGGCAGAAGCCCCAGUCCGCGUAAAACCGCCAGCAACGGAGGAGCCUCCAGCUUUCCAUCGCUCUCGCUCCUCGCCCUGUGGCCAAGCUUCGGGUCGCUGUCCAGGUCCAGCAGCGCCGGCUCCGAUGUCACGCUGACUGCAAGGGCGCGGCAGUUCAUCGUCAAGCCGACGGGGGAAAGAGCUGCGGGCAUCGCCGACCCUACAGAGCAGUGGCAGAAGACAAGUAGUGUGGAGGACCUGAGCCUGAGCCUGGACGAGUUGGCUCAGUCCGCCACGCUUCCCGCCUCGCCCGUCACGUCCCCUCCUCCUCCUUGCAGUAAGUAG